UAUUCCUGGCAUUCAUAGCAACCCAAGUUUUUUCAAUGGAUGCCUAUAACUAUUCGUUUCUAUGCUAUUUGUUUAUUCUCAAAGAAUGUUAUUAUAAAUUUCUCACCUACGCCCAUAAGGCUGCUGCUAAAAUGUGUUCGAAGGAUCAGUACAGUGAAAUGAAAGAUAAAUUUAAAGCUCCUAAACUAAAAAAGCCGACGACCACACGGGCGCGCUGCUAUGAACAAUUUCUUUGGCAGGAGCUCUACGAUGAAUAUAUACGUUUCAAUGAUCGCUUGGAGAGUGUGAAAUCUUAUAAAACAAACACUGAAUACUUCGAUGAGUAUUGCAAAAAGAUUCCGAAGGAGGACAUGGAUAAAAAGGAACGUUUGAUUAAUAUUUAUCCAUUGUAUAGUACUACUGCCAUAACAUUGUGGAAUAAUAAUGGCGAUAUAACUAGAGAUUUCAAGAAGCGUUAUACUAUAACACGCCCAGUGCAAGAACAAAGGGAGCAAUUUGGAUAAGCACUGUACAUAUGCGACAGGAUACGUUGAACAAAAAAAAAAAAUGUACAACAAACUUUGACAAUAAGCACAAUUCGCCUUGAAAUCAGCUGCUCCAGUAUUACCACCUUACAUGAAUUUUCCGUGGUUGAAAGCGACCUACGGUUCGAGAAAAACGACUAAAGCCAACAACCGAGUUUUAUUUGUACGUUUUUUUGGGAAUGUGUCCAUAUUUGAAAUGAAUUUGUGAAUGAAAGUAGAAAACAUCCGUUUGUUUCAGUGAAAAGAGCAUGCCAUUUACUACAAAAAAUUUCUAAAAUAGAAAAUUUUGGAUUUUCGGCCCUUUUAA